AUGUCCGUGGUGUCAUGGUUAGACAAUUAUCAUUCCGACGUCAAUUUUAUCGUGAGAUCUUUUAUCGGAACGGUUAUAAGGAAGGGAGGAAACAUCAAAACACUUAAAUGGUUUAACAACGACAAGUCCAAGGAAUUACCGAAUAUUUUAAGAUUUCCUGGGAAGGCAUUCUCAAGAGUUGAAUAUCUUUAUUGCGGGGGUCUCUCCACGAAUUAUGGUACAUAUCAACAGCUACUAAAGGCCUGCAAGAACAUCACUAAUUUGGAGAUUCACAGCUAUCAAAAAUCCGAUGAACGUAACCUGGCCACUUUGAUCAGAUCGCAAAAUAAUUUGAGGCAUAUCGCUUGUCAUUCUAUUUCCGGUGGUACCUGGAGAUUAACUGCGGCUUUGAGAUCGCAAGCGCGGAGUCUUAGAUCUGUGAAAUUUGUAAAAGUAAAUUUUACCGAUGUUUCCCUUAAGGGGCUGAUCGGAUGUGAUAAUGUGGAGACGCUUGAAAUUUUUGACUGCAGCGGAAUUGACAUCGAAAAAUUUUGGGAACCAAUCAUCGAAAGAUCAGAAUUUCGGCUUAAAAGGUUGUGUUUGGUUCGCGUUUCAAUCUUGCCCGUGGCAAUCGAGAAAAUUAUGGUUCGAGCAAACGAAAAACUUGAGGAGGUGACCAUUGACCGAAGGGUGAUGGAUGAGAUGCCCUAUUUCCUGGAAAUGUUGUCAAACAAUUGUCCAAAUAUUUCCUAUCUCAAAAUCUUCUUGCGCGACAUAGGCGAAAUCCAACUAUUAUUUUCAUGUGCAAUCACUUGGUCAAAACUGAAAACAUUGGUCAUUCGCACGAGUUAUGUUAAUGUUGAUGAAGUUCUACCUUCGUUAGCAAAAUUUGUUCCAAUAUCUUUGCGCCUGCUUGACAUAAACAUGAAGAUUUCACCGAAACCUCUGGAAUCAUUCCUGGAAGACUGCGAGGCGCCUAUAAUGAAAUUAACUUUGGACCGUGAUAGUAUUACAAACGAGCAUCUGAAGGUUCUUACCAAAUAUGCGCUCGAGAAGAAGAGCCUGAAAUCCGUUGUAUUCGCGCACACAUAUGGGUGGGGGGGAUCGCGAAUUUCAGAAGAGGUGGAAAACAGGGCAAAAGAGGUGUUCGAACUUGAUGAGUCAACCGAGCUUGAUGACUUUUUUUUCCUGUGCGCUGACAAUAACGAUAAUUUAUCAGAAUGGUGGUGA